AUGGAAUUAUUUAUGAAAAGCUCUUCUCUUUGGGGUUUAGAAAUUUAUUUAUUUUGCUUCUUUAUAGUUUUAUCAAACAUUAAUGGGGUGUUUGCUUCUCAUAAUGUUUUUUUGGACUUGCAAUCUUCAAGUGCUAUUAGUGUCAAGAAUGUUCAUAGAACUGGUUUUCAUUUUCAUCCUCCUAAACAUUGGAUUAAUGACCCUAAUGCACCUAUGUAUUAUAAUGGAGUAUAUCAUUUAUUCUAUCAAUACAAUCCAAAAGGAUCAGUAUGGGGCAAUAUUGUUUGGGCUCAUUCAGUCUCAAAAGACUUGAUAAAUUGGAUCCAUUUAGAACCCGCAAUUUAUCCAUCUAAAAAAUUUGACAAAUAUGGUGCUUGGUCCGGGUCAGCAACUAUUCUACCAAAUAACAAACCUGUUAUCUUAUACACCGGAGUAGUAGAUUCUCAUGAUUCUCAAGUUCAAAAUUAUGCAAUCCCGGCUAACUUGUCUGAUCCAUUUCUUCGUAAAUGGAUCAAACCUAAUAACAACCCGUUGAUUGUACCUGACAAUAGCAUCAACAAAACCAAAUUUCGUGAUCCAACAACCGCAUGGAUGGGCCAAGAUGGGCUUUGGAGAAUUGUAAUAGGAAGUAUGAGAAACCAUAGAGGGAUGGCAUUAUUGUAUAGAAGUAGAGACUUCAUUAAAUGGGCCAAAGCCCAACAUCCACUUCAUUCAUCUCCUCAUACUGGAAAUUGGGAAUGUCCUGAUUUUUUCCCUGUAUCAUUAAAAAAUACUAAUGGCUUAGAUGCAUCGUAUCGCGGAAAAAAUGUCAAACAUGUCCUUAAGAAUAGCCUUGAUGUUAAUAGGUUUGAGUAUUACACUAUUGGUAUGUAUGACACCAAAAAAGAUAGGUACAUUCCUGAUAACAAUUCUAUCGAUGGUUCGAAGGGAUUGAGGCUUGACUAUGGGAAUUUCUAUGCAUCUAAGUCAUUCUAUGACCCUAUGAAGAAUCGAAGAAUUGUAUGGGGUUGGACAAAUGAAUCAGAUGUUUUACCUGACGAUGAAAUUAAGAAAGGAUGGGCUGGAAUUCAAGCUAUUCCGCGUAAAGUAUGGCUCGACCCUAGUGGUAAACAAUUGAUUCAAUGGCCUAUUGAAGAAUUAGAAACCUUGAGAAAGCAAAAGAUUCAAUUGAACAACAAGAAGUUGAGCAAGGGAGAAAUGUUUGAAGUUAAAGGAAUCUCAGCAUCACAGGCUGAUGUUGAAGUGUCAUUCUCUUUUUCAAGUUUGAACAAGGCUGAACAAUUUGAUCCUAAUUGGGCCGACUUUUAUGCCCAAGAUGUUUGUGCCAUAAAGGGUUCAACUAUCCAAGGUGGGCUUGGACCAUUUGGGCUUGCGACAUUAGCUUCUAAAAACUUGGAAGAAUACACACCUGUUUUCUUUCGAGUGUUUAAGGCUCAAAAGAAUUAUAAGGUUCUCAUGUGUUCAGAUGCUAGAAGAUCUACCAUGAGACAAAAUGAAGCAAUGUACAAGCCCUCAUUUGCUGGAUAUGUAGAUGUAGAUUUAGUAGACAUGAAGAAGUUAUCUCUUAGGAGUUUGAUUGAUAACUCAGUAGUGGAGAGUUUUGGUGCUGGUGGAAAAACAUGCAUAACAUCGAGGGUGUAUCCAAUAUUAGCGAUUCAUAAUAAUGCACAUUUAUUUGUCUUCAAUAAUGGAUCUGAGACAAUCACAAUUGAGACUCUUAAUGCUUGGAGCAUGGAUGUACCUAAGAUGCACUAA